AUGGUCCACACACCCUCAUCUGAGUCUGCGGUGGUUCAGUCCAUCUCCAUGGUCCACACACCCUCAGCUGAGUCUGCGGUGGUUCAGUCCAUCUCCAUGGUCCACACACCCUCAGCUGAGUCUGCGGUGGUUCAGUCCAUCUCCAUGGUCCACACACCCUCAGCUGAGUCUGCGGUGGUUCAGUCCAUCUCCAUGGUCCACACACCCUUAGCUGAGUCUGCGGUGGUUCAGUCCAUCUCAAUGGUCCACACACCCUCAUCUGAGUCUGCGGUGGUUCAGUCCAUCUCCAUGGUCCACACACCCUCAGCUGAGUCUGCGGUGGUUCAGUCCAUCUCCAUGGUCCACACACCCUCAGCUGAGUCUGCGGUGGUUCAGUCCAUCUCAAUGGUCCACACACCCUCAUCUGAGUCUGCGGUGGUUCAGUCCAUCUCCAUGGUCCACACACCCUCAUCUGAGUCUGCGGUGGUUCAGUCCAAACACCAACUCCAUGGAAAACGCACAGAUUCCAUCCUGACAUAG